CCAGCGACUGCGCCAAAGCGGCGGUUUGAAGGCGGACAACGCGACGCUUCCAAGCGAGUCGCAGUCGACACGUCCAACGACACGCCAACCAUGACGCUAUUCAGACAGUUUGCUGCGACCAUGGACGCAAAGAACGAUCGCCACGAACGACUCGUCAAGCUGAGCAGAGACCUCACCGUGCAAAGCAAGCGUGUCAUAUUCGCAGCUCAGCGCGCAACCGAUGCCAAGCAACGAGACGCGAUUGUGGCACAGGCACUGCAGACACUAGAGGAUAUCCGCCAGAAUCAAAUCCGGCCAAUGGCGGUCGAGUUGGUCGACCAGAAUCCCAUUCUAUAUGCAAGAGCUUACUCGCCUGGCAUGCAGGAAUACAUUGAAGCAGUCUCGUUCGUCCAUUACCUAGCCACCGCCACGUUGAUUACGCAACGGCAACUUGAAGAACAAUUGUUGUUUGAUGAGGCUCUUUCUUUCCCCGUCACAAUCACCGACUACCUCCUUGGCGUGACGGACUUGACGGGCGAGCUUAUGCGCUUUGCGAUUGCUAGCGUAGGCUCUGGCAACCAGCAAGAACCGAUGCUUAUUGGAUCCUUCGUGCGAACCUUGACCCAAGUGUUUUCUUUGCUCACCGGCACUGGAAUCCGGGACUUGCCUGCCAAGCUGCGUGUGAUGCAGUCUAGUUUGGAGAAAAUCGAGCAAGUGUGCUACAACAUUACGGUACGAGGCUCGGAAAUUCCAAAGGAAAUGCUGGCCCAAGCGGCUCAAUUCUGGUCCUCGUCCUCUGCCACGACGUCUGGUCCCGGCGAUGACUACGCCGGUGGUGCUGGCGGGAAUCAGAACGACGACUGAGACGACGAGGCGAGUCGUUGUUGAUAUUGAAGCACAAGCUUGUGCUGCUGCGACUGGUUUUCUUUCAUGUGCAUCCCGCUCUAUUCCUUGCGCACUUUAACGAAGCCCAGUACUUUCCUUGAUCAAACAACAUGCAACGUACUGUAUUUACUGUACAGGACUUUUGGUGCUUGAAAUCGAGAACGAGAUCCUCUAAGCCUCUUCUACCAUUUUCUACAUGUACAAUGCACUGUUGUGUUACUACUUUUCUUGAAUCCAUCCCUCUUGUUCUUU